UUAUCUCGAUACAUGUCGACAUGGGGUCACUCUCGGGUGGUCAAAUGCUCAGGUUUUGAGCCGUUUUCCAUCCACCACCACGAAGGGGAAGACGCCCCGCCGUUCGAGUCUGGUUGGGAAUGUGUUUGAAGUUUGUUUGUUCCCAGUCUUUUGGCCUCAAAAUGCAUGGCCUUUGUGGAAGAUUCCAUCUUUAGUAUUGGUGGCUGGUGAAGUUCUUAGAUCCGAACAUGGGAUCACUGCCUUGUAUACGGAUGCGCAACGCAUCGCCACCCAAGCCUCGCAUAAGACGUGCGGGGCUCCGGGUCCGCGUCCGCUCCUCACCCCGCGGACACCGCGCCAUCGCCAUCGCCAUGAUUUCGGGCUAUGUCGAUCCGCAGGGCCGGAUGCUCUCAGGGUCCGCUUUUGUGCUCUCGGUAGUGCACUUGAGAUGACAGGAUGGACUCCCCGGAUUUUGAGGACGUCCAGACAAACGAUGGAUUUAUGGGGACGGGGUCCUGGUUUUGAUGCCAUAGAUGUUCCUUAAUGUAGACCCUUUGAUAAAUAACACCUUCAAUUUGAACUGUAAAACUGACACCAUUCAUAUGCUUUCUAAUCAACUGCCCUGCAUUCACAUAACACUUUAACAUAACACUUUAACAUUUUAACAUCUUUAUAUACCAGAUAUACACGCCGCAAAUCCAACUGUUUGACGAAAUCUUCGUAUGCCGAGUAUGUAUAUGUGUUGUUUUUUUGAACAAUAUCAACCGUGUACCGUAAACGGUGGAUCGAGACGAUGCCGAUGUCUCAGUGCCUCGCGGCUCUGCCGGUGGGCCGUGUGACACGAGGGCCCAAGGGGCCUGGCCACGUAGGUUCCUAGAGACCUGCUGACGAUUUCGGAAAGAACCUAGGAGAAACUAAGAAGCUAGGCUUUUGGAAGCGAUGAAUAUUAUCUAGAAUUGCCUCAUUUCCCCACAGAGAUCCACACGAUUUGUUCCACUCCACACCCAUCCUAUCAAACCCGGGACUGCCAGACUUUUUGCAAGACGAAGGGGACAAGCCAUCCACGCAGGCCUCAGCCAACAGGCUUCCCUUUUCCCUUCCCUCUUCCUCAGCUGUUCCACAGCUCAUGGUGGCGGGUGGGAAAAGCCGCGGCACAGGCACAAAACCUCCACGCUCAUCCCAGGUGCCUGUGAGCCAGGUGGAGCCUUAUCCGAACCGGCGGCUCUCCGGCUCUGCUUAUGUGCCAGUGCAUGUGGAUGUUCCAAGACUCCCAGGAUCUGCUUACCUCCCCCCGGGCGCGGCUUGCACACCGCCAGCCGUCCCCAGCCGCCGGCUGUCGGCCCCGCACCUCCCUGCGGUCGCACACGUCGCCGCGGGCGCACCGGUGGGCGCUCUGGAGCCGGUGGGGCCUUCGGUGCCGGGGCCACACAUACCGGUCUAUGCACCAGCAGCAUGCGAAGUUUACGAAGAAGAAGAUUUGCAAGAAUAUUUCCAAUUGGGUGACGAGGCCUCGAACAUCUAUGGCAACUGGCGGGCCCCUUGGGCGGAGACCGCUUGGACCUCUGAAGCAGAGCCUGAGCCAGUGCCGGAGUUCGACCAUCAAGAAGCCUUUCGACAAGAAGUCAUGCCAGAUGCGACCGAGUCGCAGUUCUUGGCGCUUUUGGAUUCCUUGGAGACGCGUGUGGAGCUCAUGUCACAGAUGCAGAAGACCAGGAAUGCCAUACACCAGGUGCCCGGAUACGACCGACGCGAAGAUCGCACGUCACCACACCUCUCAUCUCACGCGUCACCAAAGAAGCAAGAAGAUUUGCUGGACGUAUCUCAGACAAUCGACACCAAUCAGCUUGGUGGCAAGCACAACUUUAGCGAUAAUUUUGACGACAAGGAACCGAACUACGAGAGCCUCGCGCGUCAGAUGGUCAUGCCCUUCAGUCGUGAGAUUUGUGGCCUCAAUCUGGAAUUCUCGGAGGAUGGCUAUCGUGCCACGCGCGUGCGCGGCUGCCGGCAGUCCGUAGCGAUUGGCCGCGCUCCAUUGCCCUUCAAGGAGUAUGGGCGAUAUUUCGAGAUCGUGGUGACCGAAACCGUGCCAGGAUGGGUGGGCGGCUUGGGCAUCGGCAUCACACCCGAUCCCAGGAGCUUGAAGCGCUUGCCCGACAAGGCCUGGCGUAUCCCCAAGACUUCGGUCCUUGGCUAUUGGGGCUGUGCUUUCUUGGAUGGCAGCGAAUUCCGCACUUCCUGGCAUCCAGACACCUUGGAGACGGGAACAAAAGUGGGGUUCCUGGCCACGAGUACGGGUGAUUUCGUGCUCUUCGUGGAGGGCGAAGCCAUGGUGCAUAUCGAAAGAGCCAUUCCUCAAGAGGAUCUGACAAAGGACAUGCAUCCUGUGGUCGAUGUCUUUGCUGCCACGCGGGCGGUCUCCUUAUCGUCCAAUUCGAGCCCUCCGCCCAAGCCAUGGGCCUGUGAGAGCAUCGCCCCAUGCGCCGAAUUUCGUAGUGACGUUCUUCACCCCAGUCAGCAUCAGCACUGACUCGGGGCCGACUGUGCGCAAAAGGUUGCGAAAUGCAGUUGGAGGGGCUGUCUAGGUAGUUGACUUGAGGUUCUUUAGAGGGCUCUGGCACAGGCUCCGGUGGCAUUACCGGGCUUCGUCCGUGUUUCAGCGCGCAUGCGACUGGAGAAACCUUGAAUCCCAAUCGC